AUGGCGGAAGCCGAAGGAAUGGACGUAGAUCCUCCCGCACUUCCAUCAACUUCUUCGGGCUCUGCGAAGAAAAGAUUCGAAGUGAAGAAGGUACGCACAUUCUGCCAUCACUUAUAUUUAUUUCAAGCUACUUUUUAAAGGUUCUACUCGAGCUAACUCUCUAUUUUUCGCUUUUUUACAGUGGAACGCCGUGGCCUUAUGGGCAUGGGGUAAGCCGGAAUUUUUGCAAAAUGUGGCAUGGGUUUUGGCGGUGCAGUCGCAUACUAUUGAUAAAGGAUUUCAGCAUAUUUAAAACAUUAAUCUUUCUUGGUCUUUUUUCAUCAGAUAUUGUCGUCGACAACUGCGCCAUCUGUCGGAAUCACAUAAUGGAUUUGUGUAAGCUUAAUUAGUUCUUGCAUAUAUUUGGCGUAAUCAAAUGAUAAUUUUGAUUAGAGGGCCGAGUUGUUCAAAGCUGGGUUAAGGUAACCCAGGGUUAGUGCGAGAUUUGAACUCAGAUUUGAAAGGUUAAAAAGCAGUUCAGGAUUAAUUCUUUUGGUCUACAAGUUGAUGAUCGGAAGCUCUAAACAUAACAGAGAAAAUUAUCCGAGAAAAUGCUUUUAAACACAAGAAAAAGAAACGCGGGCUAAAUUUAACCCCGGGUUAGGCGCUAAUCGGCCUUCGAACAACCGGGCCCUGGAGUGUAGUUGGUAAUCAGAAUUCAUGUCAUUGACUCUCCACGUUUUUUCACUUUUCUUGGCAAUUUAAUAGAAGUUUAUAAUUGCACUUCUUUAGCUGUAGCAUAAGUUCAUUAAAAGUCUGUUGUUUGUUGAUUAUAAUCUUGCUAAACACCACUACAUUUAAACCACCUAGCAAAUGAAGCUGUUCAUUUGCAUCUACAGUUGACUCCCAAAAACUCGAACCUUCAAGGGAAAUGGAAAAACGUUCAAAUCAUCGGGAGUUCGAGUUAUUGGAAGUUCAUGGCGAAUAACCAGAAAUAUGGAAAUAAUGCAUUGGGAUGGGGAAGGAAUGCAAGUAUCACACACUCUUCAUGAUCACUUCAAGAUAUUGAUAUUUUGGAAAAGGAAUAAAAAGAUUACAUUGUUUGUUUUGAAAUAAAGUCAAUGUCUCCGACUGAUGGAUAAUUUUAUUUUGGACUAAUGCAUCAGUCAAUUCCACCUGCGAUACCCAAGGUUCAAUGUGCAGAAUGUCUGGUGCCUUGAUUAACAUCUGUCAUUAUGAUUGGAAAAAGAAGUGUAGCUUAAACGAACAAAUGUUGUCUUUUAAAGUCAUUUGAUUUGCCUCCCUCAAAGUUUGAGCCACUGGGCGGCUUUCAGUUCUCUUCUCUAAAACUGAUAGUGAAAAACCGAUGUGACUUAUUGUAGAAAUCUGUUCCGAAAUAUGUUCGAUUACUGCAUGGAUGGUAUUUUAUUUUUAAAAUAAUGAAAUGAACCACUAAUGAAGAAGUGAACAGGCUAAGCUAUUCACUGCAAAUCCAAAACAGUCCACCAACAAUAUAGACACAAGACUUGACACUCGUCCUCUUAUUCUUUUUGAAUCACUGCUGAGGCACAAGUACUGUGAAAGGCCAGAACUUGCAAUGGACGCGUCAGCUCAGACAAGGAAAGCGUCAGCGCUGACGAGCAUCUGCAUCAGCUCAGAUGCGUCAGGAAGGAAUACCUUUUUCUUUUGUUAUUCACUGUGACAGCUUAUCUCCCCGGUAAUCAAAAUUUAUGUGUAUCAGGUUUUUACACUUUUGAGUGUAUUUUGUUAGAAUACUUCAGAGAAGUGUCUCGACACCAAAUCAAAGUUUUACAGUUCGUUUGUGUGGUUUGUUAAAAGAAAAAUUUAGCUUGUGCUGAUCUGUCAGUAUGAGUCUUGUUGGCUUUUUUAUGACUGCACGCAUCACACCUCUAUUGACAAAGAAAUAGCUCAUGCAUACUAAAAGUGUUAGUGUGCACUGACACAUUUCAGAGAAGACGCAUAUGCUCAUCAGCUCAGAUGCAUGGACGCAUCUGGCCUGAUGUGUUGGACUUGUAUUGGUUCACUUAGUUCUGGCCUGCACUGUAUUUAGACCUUUGAUGUGCAUGUUACGUAGAAUAUAUUUUACAUUCUCUACAUACACGGUAUCAGGAGCAUCCCCAUAUACUACAGUGACAUAACUGUGCCAUGUUUGGUUUUAGUAAGCAAAGGUUUAGUUAUACAAAAACAAGUAAAAAACAACAUGCGUAAGAAAAAACGACGUUUGGGUGUCAUCUUGACACCAUUUUCAAGUUCAAAAUGCUUACUGGUAAACUGUCAAAAAAGUUUUUCUGGCUGAUGAUUAGCAUUUAUGAAAUAUGCAAAAGUCACGUAAAAUGUUUUGCUCAAAUUGAGUCCGACUGGUCAUUUAGAGAACGUGUUUUCUUCCAUCAGCAAACAUUAUAAGGACGAACACUCCACUGUCCCAAAAGAUCUCAACAAACAGUUCUCUGUCCUUAAGAAGUGCAAUAACAAGUUUAGUGCACAAAAUGUUGCUAUUUAGGAAACUAACACCUUCCAUAAAUGUCCAAUCAGACUCAAUUCGAGCAAAACUUUCUGCCUGACUUUUGCGUAUUUCAUAUAAUUAUGCUAAUUGUCAGCCAGAAAAAGCUUUUUCAACAGUCUAUCAGCAAGCAUUUUCAACUUGAAAGUGGUGUCAAGAUGACACGGAAACGUUGUUCUUUCUUAGCGACGUUGUUUUUUACAUGUCUUGUUUCAUUUUUGUUUAUCAAUAACAUUGUAUUUAUCAGGUAUAGAAUGUCAAGCUAAUCAGGCCUCAGCAACAAGUGAAGAAUGCACAGUAGCAUGGGGUGUCUGUAAUGUAAGUACUGUGGUAUUCAUUUUAUUCUAUAGAAUAAAACUUACAUGAAUGUGUAAGUUGUGACUAUUUGCCGUUAAUAAAGCUCCUUGACAUGGUUAGUCUCCCUUAAAUGGUUUCUUAGUCACUUGUCAACUUUCCAACUUCAUAAAUGCAAAGGAAAUUGCCUUUACAUCAACCACAAACACAGUCAUUUUGAGUUUAUCCUCGUUUACAUGUGUAAAAUAAUUGCAGGCAAUCCAAGAUUUUGCUUAUUCCCAGUCCCAUUUUGAUUUAUGAGGGGAAACUCGAUUUAAGCAGUUGGAACAACUCUCCAAGUUGCGACCAUUUUAGUUGCCAUGGUGCCUAGAAUUUUGAAGCUGGCAACUUGAUUUGUCAAAAAGUUUCCCUAAACCUAAAGAGCUAGUCUCCAAAUGGCGACCAAGCAAAAACUUAAACUUGGAGGGUUCAGGAAGAUUGGGAUUGUGCAGAAAUGAUAGCUCAUCACAAUCACCGACAGUGCAAAAACAAGUUUUCAUAAUGGUGGGAAGUGGUCAGCAACCAUCACAGAAAAUUAAUUAAUGUUUAACAUUUUGGGAAAAUAGAAAUGCUCCCAGUUCUCUGGAUUUGUACCCAAUAAUCCCAGAUGGUUUGGGGAUAUCUGCCAUUUUGACUUGGACAGGAAACAAAAAAAUCACUGAUUGCCUGGGAUUUUCCCAACAUGUGAAAACCAGGUGGCUUUUAAAACCAAUACAUUGUACCUUUUUUUGAAUUGGAAGCAACUCACUGCAAUAAAAGCCAUUGAAGAUGCAGUGCAAUACAUCAAAAUGUAAGUGGCAGGUGUUUUAGCCUAAACUGCUAAGGGAUAUUUCAGAAAUUUCAAGGAACAAGUCAUUCAACUUCAGAGCAAGUUCUUGAGCAAUUAUUAAUAGUGCUUCUAAAACUAAAGAGUACCUUAUAAAGAAUAGCCCGGGCAAAUUGGUUGAUUGAAAAUGCCUUGAUCAUGAUUACUUGUAUUGCAUAGGACGUUAUAACAAACAGCAAUUUAGACUGCAGGUUUUUUUUUUCUUCAUGACAGUAGUGAUAGUGAGAUUAGUGCAAAUUCCCGUAAAGUGGACACCUACAUGUAUCUCUGAUUCUGCUCAUUGCCACUUACAGCAAAUCCUGUUUCAGUCGCCUGUUCUGUUUCCUUACUGAGAAUUCCAGUGAAAAGCUCUUGCUUUCACUGCUCAUGUAGAUAGCAACUAAGAAGGGUUUCUGUUUCUUAUCCCUGCAGCAUGCUUUCCACUUUCACUGCAUAUCUCGCUGGCUGAAAACUCGUCAAGUAUGCCCACUAGACAACAGAGAGUGGGAAUUCCAAAAGUAA